GCUUGCGCGCGAACGUCUUUUAUAGUGUUAUCGUAAAAUAAAAAAAUAUAAUGUGAAUUUAUCUUUAAAUAAGUGAUUAAUCUGUGCCCACCUGACUGAUAACUAGUUUGGUUUACGUGUCUUUUUUUUAGUUGCUAAGUUCCAGGUACAUUCAAAAAUGGUGCGUUGCCUUCUCAUAGUAUCAGUAAUCCUGGCAGUAGUGACGUCAGCAGUAUACUUCCAGUUCCUGAGAGCCCCCCCUCUCCCGGCGCUAGAGCUCGAUCAGUGGUGGGGCCCGGAGAGACUCAGGGAGAAGCAAGAUGACAGCGUGAGGCCUUUCAGGGUCAAGUUUAAGGAGACUAUGCUACAAGACCUGAGAGAAUACUUCAAAGUUUCCCGCGAGUUGACACCGCCUCUAGAAGGAGUGGGGUUCGAAUACGGCUUCAGAAGCGAAGUGGCGCAGAAGUGGCUGAAAUAUUGGGCUGAGGAAUACCCCUUCGCUGAGAGGGAGAAGUUCUUCAACCAAUACUCCAAUUACAGGACUUAUAUUCAGGGGUUGAGCAUACAUUUCAUUCAUGUUAAGCCUGAGGUGCCCAAGGGUACAGAGCUGGUGCCAGUACUGCUGCUGCACGGGUGGCCGGGGUCCGUGCGAGAGUUCUACGAGGCCAUACCGCUGCUGACAGCCGUGGACAGCAACAGGAACUUCGCGCUGGAGCUCAUCAUCCCCAGCCUGCCUGGCUACGGCUUCUCUGAUGCAGCAGUUCGUCCAGGACUAGGGGCAGCGGAGAUGGCGGUGGUGCUGCGGAACCUGAUGCACCGACUGGGGUACAAGCAGUUCUACGUGCAGGGGGGCGACUGGGGGUCCAUGAUCGGCAGCCACAUGGCUACUCUGUUCCCUAAGGAAGUCCUAGGCUACCACACCAAUAUGCCAAUGACCAUGGCUCCAGUAGCUACACUCCUGGAGGUGCUGUUCUCGUUCUGGCCAACCCUGGUGGUAGAGCCGCAGCUGGUAGACCGCCUGUAUCCUCUAAGUGCAAGGUUCAACAGACUGCUGCAAGAAACUGGAUAUAUGCACAUACAGUCCACCAAACCUGAUACCCUCGGAGUUGCUCUAUCAGAUUCACCAGUUGGUCUUCUGGCUUAUAUCCUAGAGAAGUUUUCCACCUGGACAGACUUCACCCUGACGUCAUCAUCCGACGGUGGACUGACCAAACACUUCACCCGAGAGCAACUCAUAGACAACAUCAUGGUAUACUGGAGUACCCAGUCCAUUACUACUUCCAUGAGGUUGUAUUCGGAGACCUUUAACAAAAGGCAUUCUGCGCAUAAUUUGGACAAGAUCCCCACAUCAGUGCCGACAUGGGCUCUGCAAGCGAAGUAUGAAUUGGCGUACCAGCCCCCCUUCAUCCUCCGUUUCAAGUACCCUUACCUCUUGAACACCACUGUGCUGGAGGAUGGGGGACACUUCCUAGCUCUUCAGCUGCCGCGCGUGUUCUCACAAGAUGUCCUCAAGGCUGUAGCGGCAUUCAGAGACUGGCACAAGAAGAACGCUAAAAGCGAAUUGUAGUUUUCCAUUUAAGUAACUACCAGCGAUGUGCUGUGCAAGUGCUGGAAUGUUCUUGAUGUAAUAACAUUAAAUUAAAAAUUUUAAAAACCCCCGACCAAAAAAGUACUCAAUUAUUAUGACAAAAGGUUAAAAAUGCUAAACCCUACAAAAAUUACUUAUCCCACAUAUGCUUGCAAGCAAACUGAGCGUGUAACUUUCCUAUCACACUUAACAAACGACCUGAUGACCUUGAAGACCUGAACCCAUUUCCACCAAAGAUAGCUAAGAACACUCUCGACUGAUAUACCUUUCAAACAAAAAAAGCCGCAUUAAAAUCGGAUCAUCCGUUUGGGAGCUACGAUACCACAGACAGACACCUACACAUUUACGCAGACACGUCAAACUUAUAACGCCCCGUCGUUUUUGCGUCGGGGGUUAAAAACUCCUUAAUGGUAAGGACACUGGCCGUUUUUUUUCUUCAAAUUGUUAUUUCUUGUACUCUGAUCCUAUCUGUAUAAAGAUUAGGUAAUAAAGCUCUUUUUACAUAA